AUGAAAAUUUUUAAGGACAUAAAAACCUUUCAUUCCUAUAAUAUAAAUAAAAUAACAAAUUUAAAUAACAAUUAUAAUAAAGCUUUUAAAGUUAAUUCAAAAUAUAAUAAUAAUGUAUAUAACAAUAUAACUUAUGAUAAUAAUAAGAAUAAAAGUAUAUUUAAUAAUAAUAAUAAUAUAACAAAUAAUUUGUAUAGAAAUAAUUUUAAUCUUAAUUAUAAUAAUAAUAAUCAAAAUAAUAGUUUAAAUAGAUAUUAUUCCUCAAAUGGAUUGUAUAAAAAUAAAAGAAUAUUACUUAAUAUUUUCUCAUCAAAAUCAUUAACAGCAUUCUUAAUAUUUUGUUAUUUUUUCCCACUUGGUCCAGUAUAUUUCGUCGUAAUACCAAUGUUUUUAAUUAGAAUGUGGGAAAUUUCAUAUGACACAAUAAAAAACAACAAUUUUUAUGAAUUUUCAAUGAUUCAAGUUCAAAAACAAAGAGAUAAAAUACAAUCAGUCAUAGGUAGACCAUUUCAAAUGCCAUCAAUAAAGGAAUGUAAAUUUGGAUUCGAAAAUAACAAAAGCGAUGAAAAAAAAGAUAAUAUAAUCGAUAAUAACUCCACCACCUCCCAAAAGAAAAAUAAAAAAAAUUUAAUAAACGAAACUAAAAAUAAAGCGAUAGAAAAUUUCAAAAAAACCAUGGAUGAAAUAACGAAUGCUCAAAAUGAAGACCACAAGAACUAUAUGGCCUGUAGGUUUGACGUAUUGGAUUUUCAGAAACCUGGUUCAAAAGCAACGAUUGAAGUGGUUUGCACUUAUAUUCCAACUACAUUAAAAGACAUUGGCAGAGAAAUUCCAUUAGAUGACAAAUAUAAAGCCCAAAACAUAAAUAUAACUUUUUAUCCAGAUGAAAAAAAAGUAAUUUUAUAG